AUGGCUGAGAGAUUCUAUGCAGUCGUCGAGUUUGAAGAUGGACUUCAAAUUAUUCCAACUAAUUGGUUGAAUAUAAGUGCUAUGAAAGCUGUCUGGCCUAAUUUUACCAAUAAUAAGAGAUAUUAUCAAGCGGUCAAGGCUAUGGAGGAGUCCAAAUCUACUUGGCUACAACAUACCGUUCUAAAAAUAUAUGCAACAAGUCCUAGUUAUGAAGUGGCAAGGAAAAAGUUGAAAGAUGCCGAGGACCUGUCAGAUCUGAAAUCUGGCACAGAAAAAGAACACUACCGUAAAAGAACCAGGAAAAUACGAGCCGCUAAACCCAUACAUGAUUCGUGUAGUUCAGUGGAACUGUCAGAUGACAGUUUUCUGUCAGAUAUCCCAAAUGUGCCGGACGUUUUAAAAAAGAAACAUUCUUCUAUCAGUGUGCACACUGCAAAGAAACCAAAAACCUCAACAGACGUACAAAAGGAAUUACUGGAACGUAAAGGCAAUGAACGUCACGUAAUACUGGAGCCAGCGUAUAAUUACGGAUCUAAUUCACAAGGUAUUUAUCCAUUUGUCUAUGUGCAUGUGCGUGCAUACAUGUAUCCGUGCGUGUAAGGAAUAAAUAAAUAUUAGUGUCCACGUCCAGUUUAUUAAAUUUUUUAUAAUUUUAUAAUUUAGAGCAUGAUAUGCAUAUUGUACAACAUAUUAAGGGGAUCCCCCAACAUUCGGCGAACUCUGACGGGUGUGCGCCAUCUAAGACACGGAACUAAAAAUGUCGGUAAUUUACCAUUUUUAAUUCCGUGUUCUACUUUACCAUCCUGCGCAAGCCAUGAGCACAGACUUAGAUACAUAUAGACCGCGCACCUCGUAAGAGGUUUACGAUUAGACAGAGACAGCAGUAGAGACUGUAAUGGCGUCUCUCUAAUGCGUGAGUUGGUAGGAGAAUAGAAAGCAGCGAAGAGACGGACGGCGAGGCGCUUUCAUGUCUUCACACAUGAUUUCGCCUCCCCUACUUUUUGCACGUAAAAGAGAGAGACAACAUUACAGACGAAUUAUCUCUGUCCUUCAGAUCUCGUGUUCAGCUCGGCCGUAUGAACGUACGAUCUAGCUGCAAUGUAUAAGCCAAUAAAUCUAACACAUACAUGUAUUGGAAAUACAUGUGUACACUACAUGCAAAGCAGUCAUCUUUCACGUAUCUAAUCCAUUAUAGAUCUGAACGUAAAUAUGUAUAAUACAUAUUUGCAUACAGAUAUACGAUACAUGUAUCCUUUUCCAAGGAUAUCAACUAUAUAUUAUAUAUUGCACACAAAUGAAAGAGCGAUUUUUUACUAUUUUAUGAAAUGAUAACAUAUGUAUACUAGCUUUCAACGUUUAGUAAGUAUUAGUAUACUAUACGUUGAGAAAAUUAUCGCAUAACAUUGAAUUAGAUAUUCAUCCAGUAUAUGUAUGAAUAUAUAUUGGAUUUAUGUGUUAUGCAAUGUCGGAAUGUAAGUGCACAUAUUAUAUUAUAGAAAACAAUAUAACAAAAUGAACAUAUAAUAUAUUAAGAAUAGAAUGGGCCCCUCCAGCGCCCAUUCCCGUGAGAACGCUACCAACCUGUAUUUUCCGUCUCUCCGAAUGUAAUUUACAACUAUUUAUAUGUAAUAACCGUCAGAGCAAACGCUUCUGAUUUUUAUCAG